AAUUUAUGCUAAAGGUAAUUGGCUUUUUAUUAUUAAUUCAUUCUGCCAUCUCAUUAAUUAGAUAUAGAAAGCAUUUGAUCUACAAGGAUAUGGCAGAUUAAUACCAUAUACCAUUGGAUGUAUGAAUAUUAAUACAUUUUAUAGAUCUUAUUAGAAAUAAUUGUUGGAUUCGCUUUGAACAUGUUUUUCGGAGUUAUUCUGGAUAAAAAAUUUACUAACAUUCACCUAUUUCCUCACAAGAAAACGUACACUUUAACUAUACUAUCAUAGAUAUGACUAGGCAUUCUAAAGACCUAAUUUCAGAUAACCUGGUGGUAGAGGAGGAGUGCUAUAAUCUGUUGUAAGAGAUAAAAUUGGAAAUUUUGAUAUAAAUAAUUGAUAAAUUUGUGUACAUUAUGAAAUUUGUGUGUGUUUUUA